GGGGCUGGGGGGGUGGCCGGCUGCUGCAAGUGGGACUGGGGUCAGAGCUUCGUGGAGGGAAGAAUAAGCUGGGGGGGGUAGGAGAGAGAGAGGAAGAAACCCAGACGGACAGGCAGGUGGACACACUGAGGAAGGCCCCCCACGCGUGAGGAAACCCCCCCAGAAGGAACAGACCGCCCCCUGGCCCCCAGGAAGGGAGCACCAUGGAGGCUGCACACUCCAAGACCACAGAAGAAUGUUUGGCCUAUUUUGGGGUGAGCGAGACCACAGGCCUCACCCCGGACCAAGUUAAGCGGCAUCUGGAGAAAUACGGCCACAAUGAGCUCCCUGCUGAGGAAGGGAAGUCCCUGUGGGAGCUGGUGAUAGAGCAGUUUGAAGACCUCCUAGUGCGGAUCCUUCUCCUGGCCGCCUGCAUUUCCUUUGUGCUGGCCUGGUUUGAGGAAGGCGAAGAGACAGUCACUGCCUUUGUCGAGCCCUUUGUCAUCCUCUUGAUCCUCAUUGCCAAUGCCAUUGUGGGAGUUUGGCAGGAGCGGAAUGCAGAGAAUGCCAUUGAGGCUCUGAAGGAAUAUGAGCCCGAGAUGGGGAAGGUCUACCGGGCUGACCGCAAGGCAGUGCAAAGGAUCAAGGCCCGAGACAUUGUCCCCGGAGACAUCGUGGAGGUGGCGGUGGGGGACAAAGUCCCCGCGGACAUCCGCAUUCUCACCAUCAAGUCCACCACCCUCCGGGUCGACCAGUCCAUCCUGACAGGCGAGUCUGUCUCUGUCAUCAAGCACACAGAGCCUGUUCCCGACCCCCGGGCUGUCAACCAAGAUAAGAAGAAUAUGCUCUUCUCGGGCACCAACAUUGCCGCCGGCAAGGCCAUAGGCAUCGUGGCCACCACUGGGGUGAGCACCGAGAUCGGGAAGAUCCGUGACCAAAUGGCCGCCACAGAGCAGGACAAGACCCCUCUGCAGCAGAAGCUGGAUGAGUUUGGGGAGCAGCUGUCCAAGGUCAUCUCCCUCAUCUGCGUGGCAGUCUGGCUCAUCAACAUCGGCCACUUCAACGAUCCUGUCCACGGGGGCUCCUGGAUCCGGGGCGCCAUCUACUACUUUAAGAUCGCCGUGGCCCUGGCUGUGGCUGCAAUUCCAGAAGGCCUUCCUGCCGUCAUCACCACCUGCCUGGCCCUGGGCACCCGCCGGAUGGCAAAGAAGAAUGCAAUUGUCAGGAGCUUGCCCUCCGUAGAGACUCUGGGCUGCACCUCUGUCAUUUGUUCCGAUAAAACGGGCACCCUUACCACCAACCAGAUGUCUGUCUGCAAGAUGUUUGUCAUCGACAAGGUGGAAGGGGACAUCUGCCUUCUGAACGAGUUCUCCAUCACCGGCUCCACUUACGCUCCAGAAGGAGAGGUCUUGAAGAAUGAUAAGCCAGUCCGGGCAGGGCAGUAUGAUGGCCUGGUGGAGCUGGCCACCAUUUGUGCCCUCUGCAAUGACUCCUCCUUGGACUUCAAUGAGGCCAAAGGUGUGUAUGAGAAGGUGGGUGAGGCCACUGAGACAGCGCUCACCACCCUGGUGGAGAAGAUGAACGUAUUCAAUACCGACGUGAGAAACCUCUCGAAGGUGGAGAGGGCCAACGCCUGCAACUCGGUGAUUCGCCAGCUAAUGAAGAAGGAAUUCACACUGGAGUUCUCCCGGGACAGAAAGUCCAUGUCCGUCUAUUGCUCUCCAGCUAAAUCCCGGGCUGCUGUGGGCAACAAGAUGUUUGUCAAGGGCGCCCCCGAGGGGGUCAUCGAGCGCUGUAACUACGUGCGGGUUGGUACCACCCGGGUGCCGAUGACAGGGCCGGUGAAGGAGAGGAUUCUGUCGGUGAUCAAGGAGUGGGGCACUGGCCGGGACACCCUGCGCUGCCUGGCCCUGGCCACCCGCGACACCCCCCCAAAGCGAGAGGACAUGGUCCUGGAUGACUCUGCCAGGUUCAUGGAGUACGAGACGGACCUGACAUUCGUGGGUGUGGUGGGCAUGCUGGACCCGCCCCGCAAGGAGGUCACGGGCUCCAUCCAGCUGUGCCGCGAUGCUGGCAUCCGGGUGAUCAUGAUCACAGGGGACAACAAGGGCACGGCCAUUGCCAUCUGCCGACGAAUUGGCAUCUUUGGGGAGAACGAGGAUGUGGCCGACCGAGCCUACACCGGACGGGAGUUCGACGACCUGCCCCUGCCUGAGCAGCGGGAGGCCUGCCGGCGCGCCUGCUGCUUCGCCCGCGUGGAGCCCUCCCACAAGUCCAAGAUUGUGGAGUAUCUGCAGUCCUUUGAUGAGAUCACGGCCAUGACAGGUGACGGUGUCAACGACGCCCCCGCCCUGAAGAAGGCCGAGAUCGGCAUUGCCAUGGGAUCCGGCACUGCCGUGGCCAAGACAGCCUCCGAGAUGGUGCUGGCGGACGACAACUUCUCCACCAUCGUGGCCGCGGUGGAGGAGGGCCGUGCCAUCUACAACAACAUGAAGCAGUUCAUCCGCUACCUCAUCUCCUCCAACGUGGGCGAGGUGGUCUGCAUCUUCCUGACAGCUGCCCUGGGGCUGCCUGAGGCCCUGAUCCCCGUGCAGCUGCUGUGGGUGAACCUGGUGACGGACGGGCUCCCGGCCACAGCCUUGGGCUUCAACCCUCCAGACCUCGACAUCAUGGACCGGCCCCCCCGGAGCCCCAAAGAGCCCCUCAUUAGUGGCUGGCUCUUCUUCCGCUACAUGGCAAUUGGAGGCUACGUGGGUGCAGCCACCGUGGGGGCAGCAGCCUGGUGGUUCCUGUACGCUGACGAUGGCCCUCAUGUCACCUACAGCCAGCUGACUCACUUCAUGAAGUGCGGAGAGCACAACCCCGACUUUGAGGGUGUGGACUGUGAGGUCUUCGAGGCCCCCGAGCCCAUGACCAUGGCCUUGUCUGUGCUGGUCACCAUCGAGAUGUGCAAUGCUCUCAACAGCCUGUCUGAGAACCAGUCCCUCAUGCGGAUGCCGCCCUGGGUCAACAUCUGGCUGGUGGGCUCCAUCGGCCUCUCCAUGUCCCUCCACUUCCUCAUCCUGUACGUGGACCCUCUGCCGAUGAUCUUCAAGCUCCAGGCCCUGGACCUGGCCCACUGGCUCAUGGUUCUUAAGAUUUCCUUACCAGUCAUCGGGCUCGACGAAAUCCUCAAGUUUGUUGCGCGGAACUAUCUAGAGGGAUAACCCGUUCCCCCUCCUCCACCUCUUUGAACCGUGUCACAGAUCCAGAAGAUGAAAGAAGAAAGUGACCAGUCCUACUGCCCCCUCCACCCUCAUAGUGAUGCAUCUUCAGCCAGAGCUGUGGCACAGACCCCUCCCCGUCCCCACCCCCACCCCCACAUUCUUGUUUAUAAACACAACGUCCCCUUCUCUUCUCCUCUCCCCUUCAGUGUCCCCACCCCCCCCCGCCCCCAGUAACACCUCCCUCCCCAACCCCGUGGGGCUUGCAGGGACAAGGCGACCGAUUGAGCUGAGCUGCUUAUUUAUUGAAAAUAAAUGACAGAAAACUCUG